CUUGGACCUUUUUAUAUGUUUUUCUUGGUGAUGUAUCUUGAUUUCAAUUCUUUUGAUAGAAAAUCAGUUGAAAACAACAGGUAAAUAUUUGACAUAUGACAGUCUUCAUUAAAUUUUUACCUGUUAUUUUGAACUGAUUUUCUAGAGACUUAAAAUCAAGACAAAUCAUAGUAUGACUUUGUCCUGAAAUGAUUAAAAUCUCUGUCUGAAAUCUCUAUGGAUGAAAAUAUAGCAGCAAUUAUUGAAGUAGUUAACAACCAUAUUGAUGUAGUAGUACCAGAUAUACCUCUAUUUAGUAGGCACAGUCAAAUUUGGCAGUUAUCAAAUGUUCCGAAUAUAACAUGUAUGGAAACUCUAAAAGAAAAAGAACGGCGUAAAAUAAUUGCAAAGUUCUCUGAACAAAAUCAAGAUCGGAGGAAAUCGUUUACAGUUAAUCACAUUGGAAGAAUGGGAACAGGACAAACAAUUUACGAUAUCUGUCGGCGUGUUGAGACAGGUAUUUCGAUUGAAAGGACAAAAAAAUGUAAAAAGUAGAGAGAAACUCUUGUGGCUCACAGGUAACUAGGAGCAAGUUUGCAACAAUUGGACAGAAAAUUUAAUAUCAAUAAGAAAUAUGUAAGCAACAUUCUAAAGACACAGAAUGGAAUAAAAAUAAAAACUUAGAAAUCUCGUUAUAGAUUUGAGUGAGUGAGUUUUUAUGACUAGAAAAAGAGGAUAGUCAUCUAUGAAGCUGUUAGGCUGCCCCUACACUAUCAAGCCGCUUGAUCAAAUGCUUGACCCUCCGAUUGAUGGGAGCUUCAAGCGUGCUUCAAUCUUUUGAUCAAAACUCUCUCGUCAGUUGAAGCCGAGAAGUGGAAGCAGAACGGAGUGUGUUGCGAUCUUGCUUUUGCUUUUUCGAAUAAAAAUAAUUCCUAAUAAAUAAUAAAUCUUUUUUAAUUGCUUUUUCGAUUACAAUGGUGUUGAAUGCAGAUUUGGGCUUCCUAAUCGCAACAUUGGUUGCCGUGAAGCGGAAAAAGAAGGAAAAGAAAAAACGAUGGUGGUCCAAGGAGUGGUACAAACUGAGAAACCGCUUCACUCAUGAACAUCUCCUAAACUUCCUGUGUGAUUCAGAACCAGAGGACUACAGGAACUUUUUGAGAAUGGACCAAGAAAGUUUUGAUUAUCUACUGGAUUUACUCCGCCCUGACAAUGAGAAGAAAGAUUGUCUAUCACAUUGAGGUACCUGUCAUCUGGCAUGGAUUUAGAAGAUCUCAAAUUCACGUGCGCCAUUGCUCCACAGACUCUGCAACUCAUCAUAAUGGAAACUUGCUCUGCAAUCAUUAAGGCAUUGAAGGAAAACAUUCAGGUCCCAAAAACGACGGAUGGAUGGAAACGGGUUGCACAGGAAUUCGAAGAACAAUGGAAUUUCCCCAACUGCGUCGGGAGCACUGACGGCAAACACGUAUCAAUCCAAAAACCUCCCCAUUCUGGAUCCUACUAUUUUAAUUACAAAGGUUUUUUCAGCAUCGUGCUUAUGGCUAUUGUUGAUGCAAAUUAUAAAUUUCUGAUGGUCGAUGUCGGAGCAAAUGGCCGAGUGUCAGAUGGUGGUGUGUUGAAGAACACUUGUUUUGGCACAAGUUGUCUGAGAACCAGCUUAACAUGCCUGAUCCUCGAGAGUUACCAGGCACUCCUAAUAAACAAUUUCCGUACGUCUUCGUUGCAGAUGAAGCUUUCCAACUUCUCCCUGAGUUCAUGAUGCCCUACAACAGAGCUGCUUCGACGAAUGAGAAAAGGAUUUUCAACUAUAGACUCUCACGAUCCGGAAGAGUCGUUGAAAAUGCUUUUGGUAUAUUAACGAAGAGAUUCAAAAUACUUCAAAAGUAUUAAAUUUGAACCAAUGAAAGCUAGAAAAAUCGUAAUGGCAAGUUGCCAUUUGCACAACUAUUUAUGCUCAAAAAACAGAACCAAGUAUUUGCAACCUCAGGAUAUUGACAGAUACGAUGUCCGGACUGGUGCUGUGGAACCUGGGUCAUGGAAACAAGACAUUGUACAGAUGGUACAACUUCAAAGAACCAAAGGCAAUUCUACAGUAGAGGCAAAAAGAAUAAGGGAUGACUUCUGCGAAUUUUUCAACACGUCUGGGUCAGUUCCGUGGCGAAGCAAGUGCCUUGUGUAAUGUAGAUGAAUAAGUAAUAACAUUACUCGUAAUAUAAAAUAAAUAUGAAUAUCUACUGUAAAAAUAAAAUAAAAU